CACAGUCUCCCCCUAUCGGCGCACUCAAGGUACCGUCAGUGAUGGUGAGAAAAAUCCCUUCUCUUUUACGAUCUUAGAUGGUAAAGCUAUGGAAGUAAAUGUGUGCCAUCUGACUUUGAAUUUCUAAAGCUGAAUUUUUUUUUGCAUCAAAAUCAGACCUUGAAUUUCAAAACCAUCGAAUUUCAAGCGCACAUUUUUAUUUCUAAAGGUCCUUACACACAGGGAGCGUUUUUUUUGUGCGGUUAUUUUGGACGGCAAUGUUUUUUCGAACCUGUAUCCUGUCAAUACAAGUGUUCACAUAAGCAACGUUUUCCCGUCCUGUGAUAUUGCUGCUUUUUUUCAUAUCACAGUCGAAUUUUCUAAAGUUUCGCAUACUGUGUGUCCACUUCUGACCAAUCAGAUUUCAUGUUGUUGCCACAUCAGAUUCACCGGUAUAUCCAACAUGGCCGACCAGCUGAUUGUUUACAUGUCAGAGAACAGAGUGCUUUUUGAUAAAACACAAAUAUUACAAAGAUAACAACCUGAAGGACAACCUUUGGAGAGUCAAAGCGUCGGAUUUCUCUUGUGACGAUGGUUUGUGUGCUUUAACAGUUUGCUAAACAUCUUUGUUUCAACUUUCGUCUGUGCUAAAUAACUUUAGCUCGUAAGCUAACCUGUUCAGAUACAACAUACCAUAUGUAUUUUCACUGUCUCAAACUCACUUGCGUUGCUGUCACAGCACCAUUAGGUCUGUGUUGUUACAUUACGUUUGUGGAUUAUAGUUUAAUGUGCUUAUCUGGUACUGGCCCAACUCAGUACAUGCUAUCACGACAGACAGCCAUCUCAACACUAGUGUCUAAUCAGAACUGAAAACAGUCAGUCUGCUGUUGUGUCAGUCUUCUUGCUUCCACCCGGGAUGCAUCUUUUUUCCCCCUGGAAAGUUGCAAAAUCACAUCGGGCUUGAUGUGUAUAGUCAGGCGCUUCAAAACUCUCCUCCGAAUAUUUCAUAAUUUUGCAUUGGCCAUGGUGUGUAAGGACCCUAACACUUUUUUUUUCACAAUGAUGAAAUAAAUUUUUGUGUAAAAAAAAUCGGUCUCUCAAAAUAUUCAUGUAGUAAAAAUUUGACUGAAAAAAACAAUGUAAAAAAAAAAAUUAACAUAAAAAAAAUUAAGUGUAAAAAAAUGAAGUGUAAAACAGACCGACACAACAUCCAGGUAAUCAGGGAGAAACAAUCGAUUCCUCAAUCUUCCACUCGGGUUGGUGCCACACGACCAGUCUAGCAUUAUUGGCUGGAUGAUGGAUGAUUGAGCCAGGAAUCGACUGCUUCUCCCUGGUUGAGUCGAUCUGUUUUACACUGAAUUUUUGACACUAGUGGUCUGUGUCACCGCAGCUGGUGUGGUGGUUGAGGAAAGCUCUGAAGAUGGUCUUUACAUCCUGUCUGGAUACGCUUGUUUCCAAAUCUUUGAUAAAAGACAAACUCAGUUCAGUUUGUCCCUGAAAUAGAUAUUGUUUGCUCUCCAAUAAAGCCCUUCUGCAAGUACACGUACAUACGUCCACCUCCCUUUAAAAAUUGCAGUAGUCUUCUGUAUGUUUUCCCUGUGUUGUGCGGGUUUUGUCCGGGUGCUUUGGUUUUUCCCAACAAUCAGAUGAAUGAAAGAAAAAAUAUUAAUACAUAAAUAAAUGUAUAAAUCAAGGAACCUAAAUCAAUCAAUAUAUUCAUUAUAGAAAUGCGCAAAUGAAUGGAUGGGGGGGGGGGGGGGGGUAUCAAUUCAGCAAAUAAAACCAAGUAUCGCCAUCAUAAAAAUUAUAGUUCAUGGUGCAAAGCUUAUUAGUCCCUGCAUCUAGUGCCAUUUUUUUUAUAACUAUACUUAGUUCUAAUAAAACAUUGUGAGUUUCUUGAACAAGUUGUAUCAAGUUCCCCUGAAAAUGGUGUUUUAAUGACUAAUAUUGUAUUUUCUAUCUAACAACUAUCAAAACAACAAUGUUAAUUAGGGAUUAACAUUAUCUUAUCUUAUCUUAUCGUUUGUGGAAUUGGGAGGAUUAUUUGCACACUACUCCAUACUGCCUUUUAAAACUUUACCUUUUAUGUGCCUUGGAACCAUAGACUGUAUAUAGAUAUAUAUUGACUGCCUCUGGCUUAGCCUGCGAUACGUCUAUCGUCAUAUGCAACCAGCUCAUAUUGCCAUGGCAACCUGUGAGCCUCAGGGCAGGCCCACACCUGAGACAAAUUCACCAAUCAGGGACUGCUCUGACAUUUCUGCAUCAUUGAAUCAUAUUACAGCAAUUUGAUAAUAUGCUGACUCUUCAUUAAAAUCCCUAUUAGGGUCAUGUGCUUUAAAGCAUUUCUGGUGUUAGAAUAUGCCCCUCAUUUGUGUGUAUUAGCUGAGCAUUAGUAUGUGUUUUUUUCCAGAGAGAUGAAUAUUUUUCACAAACUGCACCACUAAAUGCAACAUGCAUAUUGUCUUAAAUAGUUUGUCCAGUUUGUGGUGCAGAAGUAUGUUGCAGCAAGGUUUUUUUUUUAUGUGUUUAACAAAAACAGACAUUUCUAUUCUAAAUUUUGUUAAUCAUGCACUAAUUUUUGAAAUAUUCAUAUUUACAUUUCCAAUAGGUCAGACAUGCUUAAAACCUAAUAUUACAUACUGAACCUUUAAUUGCGUGCUAAGAAUGUCAUAAAGAAUACUCACAAAAGCUUUCUGAAGUAUCCAAAAAAAAAACAGAUUUACAACCCACUAAACCCACAUCAACAAAGAGGUCCAGCCAGAUCUUUUAUUUGGGGAUAAAUGUAAACUCAUUUCUCAUUGUUAAUAUGUCAGAAUUUAUGGUUGGCACUUCUAGUCUCUUGUUUCCUGACAGCUUUCCAUUUCAAACACUGGGUGGCAGGCUUGUCUAACUUGAAAAUGCAAGUGAAGAGAGACUGUUAAAGGAGGCUUUUGUGGUUAAAAAUGUCCUUCAUGUAAGCCGCUGAAAUAAUGUUGCUUUUCAGUCUCAUGGACAACAGGCAUAUGUAUAUAUAAAUAUAUAUAUGCAUAUAUAUGUAUAUAGCUGCUAUUUGCUAGGUCAAUCUAAAGUUAGGCUGACUCAGCAUUUCAGUAUAGCAGGCAUUAUUAAUGGGUAUUCUGCUUCAGAUCAUCAAUGGGUGAUGUGUCUAAGAAAUUAAGCCAUUUUUAUACAGUAGAAUAGAUGAUUACCACCUAAGUGCCAACAACAUUUUAGCGACAGUGCAUUUAAGCAGAUUUGGAUUUGGACUGUGCGGUCAUUCAUGUCAAUGCUGUCAUGCUUACUGGGGUUAUCCAGUCACAAGGGGACAGCUCUGAGCAUGAGGAUUCACUCUUUGCAUUAUCAUGUGUCUCCAAAUGCAUCUCCAGUCGUGAUCUGAUCUCAUCUACAUGCUUUGUAUGCAAAUACAUGGAGAGCUCCAUUCACCUUCAUUAGACUUUAAACACAUCAAAUUCCAAGAAACUGUGAUGCGGGGAGUGAGAGAUUGUUUAUUUAUAUGGAGCAGGAGGGACAGAGGAGCAGAUGAUCACAGGGUAUAAAUCUUUGUUGGAUGUGGACCAGGGGACUUGAUAAGUUUCUCUUUGAGUCUUUGGAGAUAUAACUUGUAAUAAUCAUCUUCAUCCACUUCUUCUCUUUCUCAUUAAAUGGAUGUGUUAAACUUACAAAUAGAGGUCUUUCUAGACUCAUAUCUGUUUAAAACAGCAAUCAAGCCCAUCUUAGGAAUGAUAUGCAGCAACAGGGACCUCCAAACAGUUUUAUCAAGAGAUGCAACUUCACUACUUAACAAGAUGCCUUUCUCUUAUGUAAGUGUUUUUCCACAGGCCCUGAAAACUGCUGAAAAAAUAUUACAUUUACAAUCCUCAAUUAACAGUUUUUCAACAAUUAAAUAACUUUCAGACACUGAAGAACUCCCUGAGUGUCAUCCUGUAAUGUAUUCAACCCAUCACAGUACUGAGACUGCUCUUUCUAAGGUAUUAAAUGACAUCUUUUUAAACACUAAGAGCAGAAUUUCAGGACCAGCAUGACUACACCUCAAUGCUGUAUUUGACAGUAGUUUACAAUAUAAAACUUGACUUACUGGACAACUUGGUGGGACCCUAAUACUCAACUGGUGUCAAUCUUACUUAGAGGACAGACCAAAUUUCAAAUUUCCACAUGGAGUUCCCCACAGCUCCAAGCAGUAUCUUUACAGGUCUAUCUUAACAGUAUCUUUACAGGUCUUUUUAAAAAUGAGUCAGACAACUGCAGCAGGUUGAGAGACUUGUGGCUUGUACCGACUAAAACCAAGAAAUGGGAUCACAUCACUCCAGGUCUUAUUGUCAGAGAAUAUAUUUUAUAUGUAAUUUAAAUUAUUUUACACUUGAUGGUAAAGAACUGAGAGGUUUAGGUCAAAAAUAUACUGAUUAUGUCUUCAUACAGAACAAACCACCUAGACCACUCAGGUCAACAGGGACCACCUGGUAUCUGUAUCCAGAGCUUUUGUAAGCUCCAAAUAUCUGUAACAAAUUUCCAGAAAAGACCAGGCUUAUCAAAACUCUCAGUUCUUAUAAAUUCAAGCUGAAGAGUUUUAGCUGCCUUUUGUUGAUACAUUUUAGGAAAGUAUUUUAGAAUCUGUGUAAAUCAUACAAGACUGCACUAUAACCUUGAUGCUUUAAUUUGAAAACACUCAUCACCCUGGUUUCAAUCAUGUGUAACGUGUUUUGAAUUGCCUUCUAAAAAUAAAGUGGCCUAGCCAUGCUAUGAACUUUAAGGUUCUAUAACAGCAAUUAUAAUUUCUGCCAUUUUAUAGAAAAUGCAAAAACUGUAAAUGGCCAUCAUGAAUUUAAACCUUGAACAUAAUGGCGUAGUAUCAGGUUUCAGCUGCUUCAUUUUUACUCCACAGCAGCCAAGCUCCCCCAGUCUCUCCUCAAUGCAACUUGUCAAGCUCAUGCAUAUUUUAAUUGUUGGUCCUCUGGGCCGCUAUCAGAUGGACCUUGCUAACCGAAGGGGUGGUGCUGCAGAGAUGAUGAUGAUGAUGGUGAUGAUGAUGUGUGCAUGUAGGGGCUGGGUUUUGGAAAACCAGCUACACCUGCCCCCUCCUCGCCAGGAAUGGACGAGUUAUGAGAUGAGGAGGAGAUCUAAGCCGUUCAUUCAGUUCAGCUGCAGACAAAAGCAGACUCACAAUGCCUGACUGAAACCUGGAUUCUACACUUUAAUUUGCUCUUGUGUUUAUUCAUCAGUGUUUGUCCAGACUGUUUUUUUUUCCUUUUGUAUCUGGAGAUGAUCCCAGAUCCACAGGCUCUGGCUGCAUGGUGCUUUGAACAUUAAGGAAUACUUCAACAUCAUCCUCUUGUCUACUUCUCCACUGAGUCCUCCUUGAUAGUGGAGAAAAGUGAUAAGUAAAGAUCUGUCUUUCCUCUGAGGGACCCUGUGGCACCACUGGCUGACCUGCGGUGCCACAAACACAGGAAGGAUGAGGAACCGUUCCUAGUGGAUUUUGAAUUUCGCCUAUCCCCCCAACAAAGUGUGUUAGUGAGGCAUCAAGACACAUUCUUGGGAUAAAACAAAAGAGGAAGCAGAGACACAGUCAGGAAAAUGCCUUUUGGGUUAUCAGGUUUGAAAGAACAGGUGCUGAAGCCUGGGAAGGAGGAAGUGAAGAACACAGUGGGGGACUCUUUAGGAAAACUGCAAAGGUGAGAGGGGCUGAACACAGAGUGCUUCUGGGCAGCUAUUUGAUCAGCACCUCACAGCUUUUUACGUGUUCAUUGCAUGAAAACAGCUUUUCACUCAUUUUUAAUACGCUGAACUGUGUUUCUGCAUUAUUAUGAAGGCUGAGACGGGGGAGAGCAAGCACAUUAAGCCCAGUGUGUUCCCAGAGAUCCCCACCAUAAAUAAAUAUUUGAUUUCAGUGCUAGUUAGGCAAUGCAAGUGAUGUAAUCACAGGUUUUAUUUUAAGACAUUGAUGCAUAUUUCAUAUCCGAUACAUAUUUCACGCUGGGAGUUGUGCCUGAGAUGUGGGGGUUCAAGUUGUCAUUUCUAGAGAUAAAACACCAAGUAGGCAAUUUCCUGGAAAAAAGAAUCAAUAUGUUUGCACUUUGUCAUGAAUAAUAAGAUUUACACAUGAAUAUAUGUAUUCUCUUUUCAUUUUAAACUGUCACUUAACAUAAAAUGUGAAAAAACACUGAUCUGAGCCCCCCAACCCCCUUAAAAAAUAAACUUUUCAAAAUAUGCGCUUAAAAAAAAUUGACUUAUAAACAUAUUUUGCAUCUUGACGCUGGCAUUAGCUCUGAUUUGUUGUUUUUGAAAACUAUCAUCUUGUUUCUGAACCUUUGAAAGUGACUGAUUAUAAAUCUACAAAAGGCAAGUAAUAAAAGACAAGACAGGGGUUAACUUAAGUAAUGUAGAUGUAUGAAGGAGGAUUUAUGGGACUAACUACUGAUCAAAGAGUCUCAAGUCAGAGCCAUGAAAGAUUUUUUAUUAUUUUGAAAAUUUUGGAUGGAAAAAAAAACCUUUCUUUUUCUAGCGUGAGAUUCAUGUGACACUUCUAACAAAUCUGUUGAAUUAGUGGUGAUUCAUCGAAAGUGAACUCAAAAUCACAUAAACUAGGGUGCUGUGUGUUUGCUGGAAAAGAAAUGAAGCACUGAUUACGCUGGUUUUGUUCAUUCAUUUAUGAGGGAUCUCCAUUCGUUGUGAGGGCUCAUCCAAAAUAUCAAGUUGUAGAACAGGUGUGCAGAGUGAUGCACCUGCAAGCAACCUGAUAACAGCGGUGCAGUGACCUCUUUGGUCCAAGCUUCACCUCCUGCCCUCUGUGAGAGCACAGACAGACUCGUGUUACUGUACUGCCUUUGUUUUCAGUGGAUCCUAAAAUGAUGAUUAAGUGAAUUUUAUAUUUAGGAUUCAUUUCAUUGCUGUUUUCAUUUGUAUCUUCAUUUAAAAGCAAAAAAACAAUAAUGCUGUUUUGAAAGCUGACAGCAGUGCAAAUAAUACAUACUACAGCCAUCAAAAACAAGCCACUAAAAUAACCCAAAUAACUCAAAAGCAUACACUCAAGUAACUUUUUGUGCAAGGUGCAAAUGAAAUUUCUUUCUGUAUGUGAUGUUUGACUCACACCUAAUGCUGUUUUCUCAUAGGACAGUUCUUUUAAUAGAAAAUAAAAGAAAAAAGUUUCAUAUUUAACGCCCCCUUUUGUUUGCUGCAUAGGAAAAUAGAUGGAAGCAAUGUAGAAGAGCAGGACAACAUCGAACUGACAGAGGAUGGCCGCCCUGUGGCAUCAACUCCGCGUGCUGCCCCGCUGUUUGACUGCAGCUGUGGCGGUCUCCCAAAGCGCUACAUCAUCGCCAUUCUCAGCGGCCUGGGCUUUUGCAUCUCCUUUGGCAUUCGCUGUAACCUUGGCGUGGCCAUUGUGGAGAUGGUGAACAACAACACAGUCUACAUCAAUGGAACUCCUGUGCUUCAGGUAUUUGUGAAUCUCUUUAAGGUUACCUGUCCUCAGAAGAAACUCCAACUUUAUUGAUGAGAUGAUUAGUUAGAGAUCAUGCACACGUACUGCAGCACACAGUGGCUCACCUGGCUGCCAAGUGAGGACAUAGACAUGCUGACACAAAAUACUGAUCUUAAAAUGAUUUCACUGACUUUAAAAUAAGUUUACAACAUAUACCUCCUGUAAUUUCACAGGUGGUUAUGCUGUCAUGGCAACUGAUUCUGAUCAGCAUCCUUGUGGGUCAAAUUAACGUCAAACUGAUCAGUUUGAUUCAUGGUCAAAGACAAACAUUAACCUGUUUAUAUUAAACAUAAAAUGUCUCAUCAAUCACUUUUAUCACCACCGCUUAUGGUUUGAAAUUACUUAGUAGAGACUGACAGCUAUUCUUCUGGUCAUUCAGCCCACUGAUUUACAAUACUCAUGUUUUUGCGACAUUGUCAACAGGCAGAGGUGAAAUAUCCUGGGACUUCUCUCUGCCCAUCCUUAGUGUCUUUGCUAUUGUGAAAUAAUAACUAUUGACGUUGGAUUCAGGCCAAUCAGAAUCAAGUAUUCUAGACGACAGAUUGCUUUUCCAGAAAUGUAUCUGCAGUCAGAUUUUAACAUGCUUUCUUUUAUUCCUUCAAAGAAAGCUCAGUUUAACUGGGACCCAGAGACGGUGGGGCUGAUACACGGCUCCUUCUUCUGGGGCUACAUUGUCACUCAAAUCCCCGGGGGUUUCAUCUCUAACAAGCUGUCUGCCAACAGGUGACACUGCUCGCACUGAGCACUAUAAUCUCCUCUUUGUUUAAUUAUUAGUUUGUUUUGGGGCACUUUUGCCAUACUUAAGAUAGGAUAGAAAACACGGGGGUGUACAGGACUACUCUCUGUUCAUGGUGUGGGAACCCUCUCUGGGAUGGUGUGUCCUCUGAUUUCUGGAGCUGCCCCAUGAUCUCUGUUUUGUGUCGAUAUUAACAGGAUAUUUUGCUGUUUAACAUCAUCUGUUAAAAGAGCAAAAUCAGGGUGGUGCUUUGGUCUGUGUUGCACAGACAUAUCUUGAUUUAGGGUCUCAUCAAAAUUGUAAAACAGUUCUUGUAUUUCACUUCCACAGUGCUAACUCAGCGGAUACUGUCGCCUUAGAAGAGACAGUUUAAUCACAGAGUGAGGUGUUCAAUUUUUUACUUUUUAAAUCUUUUGCUGAUAUUUUUAGUGAGUUACGGAUAUUAUUCUUGACCACAUACGCAAGAAAAAUUUAAAAGGCAAAGAUUUUUGAUGUUUCGGUGCCCCUCAUCUGGUGUGCAUAAAGGGUUAAAGCAGUACUGUGUGCCGAGCGCUGCUGAUGGAGCAGAUAGCAGUCCUGUAAUAAAAGCCUCACAGGAAAAGAGGACACGCCACUGACAGAGUUAAUAAUGAAAGAUCCUGCCUCUGAUUUCUUUCUGAAACACCAGCCACUGGAAUAUUACAAGUGUCACUUACACACUGUUUUGGAAAAAGAGGGGGGUGGGGGGUGGUGAAGUGAUGGAGGGAAAAAAAAUUGAGGGAGCUAAGCGUCAGUGUGAUGAUGAAGGAGAAAGUUGUGGAUUGAAUGGGAUGUCUUUGUCACGGUGUAUGAAAGGUGGAGGCGUGAGAGCUGUCUCACUAUAGGGCUGACUGAGAUGCUUCGGAGAUAAUCUGCCUGCUAAUAUUAGACAUCUACACCAGCUUUUACACACAGAGGAGCAUCCUUUUGUGUUGUGCUGUACCUGUUUCUGAAAAAUAAACCAAGGCUUCAACUUUUCUCAUGACUAGAAACAGCACUUUCCAUGUCAAACUGUAUCCCUGCCGAAAUCAAACUUACUGUACUUCUGUAGGGUGUUUGGAUUGGCCAUUUUCCUGACAUCGGUGCUCAACAUGUUCAUCCCAUCAGCAGCCAGGGUGCACUACGGCUGUGUGAUGUUUGUCCGCAUCCUGCAGGGCCUUGUGGAGGUAAGAGCAAAGGGUGUUAGCAGUAAGAAGGAUAGAGAGAACAGUGAGUCAUUGGUAUAGAGCAGUGGUUCUCAAGUCCAGUCCUCGAGGCCCACUGUCCUGCAUGUUUCAAAGUUUCCCUGCUCCAACACAUCAAGCUCUGUAAUGGCUUAAUAACGAGCUUAUCAUUUGAAUCAGGUGUGAAACACCCAAAACAUGCAGGACAGUGGGCCUCGAGGACUGGACUUGAGAACCACUGGUAUAGAGUAAUACUCUGACAUUCUAGUCGAUGAGGCUCAUUUCUGUCUGAGAUACCACCUGCAGCAUGUGGGCCUAUCUUGGCAUGUGGACUGAAAUGAAUGGAAAACAGUUAGUCUUGCUCUGGUUUUAUUUCAUAGAGGCCUCACAUAUAUAAACAGAGUCAUAGCAGGUAUUAAUGCUCAUGGAUAACUCCCAGCAAGCAACACAGAUGUUCAGCACUUCCUUUGAAGCGACUCCCAUUUUUGACUCUUUAUUGUCUCUCACUGCUCACAUUUUUUACUGCAUGUCUUUACCAGGGUGUCACCUACCCAGCAUGCCACGGGAUGUGGUCAAAAUGGGCGCCGCCUCUUGAACGAAGUCGACUGGCAACAACUUCAUUCUGCGGUGAGACUAAACUUUCACACAACAGUUAGAUUUCCUCUCAUACCCUCCUCGUGAGUCACGUUGGGACUGGUCCGUUAAUGGACCCGAGAGAGCUUAUUUUGCUUUGCAGAUUGAGUCCACUGCUGCCUCUGCUGAAAUUAAAACAACCAUGUUGCACUUUAAACAGGUGCCAUGACAACCCAGGCAUCAAAACCCUCUUGACAUUGUCUGUAAAUGAACGGGGCUCACCUGCGUACUCUAAAGGAGCUCCUGUCUCUAUUCACCUAAAUGAAGUGUAACAAUGCUUACUGUGUGAUAGCACCCUAAUGCUCCCUGCUCUAUUCAAAGCAACAGUGUUUAUAGAUCUGUGCCUUUAUAGAAAACACAUUCAAACACCCUCUCUACUGCAGAGUUUAUUCAGUGAUACUAAUGUGUUUCCAGGAUGUGUUUUGUUUUUAUAAGGACAUGUUUGCACUAAAUAGAGUUGUAUUUUCUGCUAUGAAAGCCUUAAAAAGUUGACAACUAUUUAAAAUUGUGAUGGAAACAGGCAUAUUUUGACAUUGAUCUGAAUAUUUGAUCAAUUCUUUAUAAGGUUUUACAGAUACAGUGCCUUGAAAAAGUAUUCAUACCCCUUGAACUUUUUCACAUUUUGUCACUCUACAACCACAAACUUAAACGCAUUUUAUUGAUAUUUUUUGUCAUAGAUCAACACAAAGUCGCACAUAAUUGUGAAGUGGAACGAAAAUGAUACAUGGUUUUCAAAAAUUUAGACAAAUAAAAAUCUGAAAAGUGUGGUGUGCAUUUGUAUUCAGCCCCCUGUACUCUGAUACCCCUGAAUAAAAUGCCAAUAUAAUUGCCAAUAUUUUUUCAAAGCACUGUAUCUAAUGUUACUUCCUACACUGAAAUCUAAAAACAUUUAUUCCCAGGAUCGUACGCAGGAGCAGUGAUUGCCAUGCCGCUAGCAGGGGUGCUGGUUCAGUACGUCGGGUGGUCUUCCGUUUUCUACAUCUAUGGUAACAAAGAUGUUUCGAUGACUGUCACUUAUUUCAUAUCACAACACUGCAGAGCCGACUGACAUAAAACAAUAGAAACAUUGAAUGUACUGAGAUUCAUAAAACAUGAACUUUUUUAUAAAACCAGUGGGAAAAAAACUUAAGAUUUUACCCAAAUUUCAAUGAAAUUACUCAUAAUUCAUUAAUAAUUGCAGUUCAUACAGUAUGAAGUCUGUUGCAUGUGGCAGACUGAUUACCCAGAGUAGCACAUCGGUAACACUUAAUGUUAGUUUGUGUAAAAGGCUGAAUGCAUAAACCUUGCUGCUCUGUUGCAUUUGUAUGCUUUUCACAGUGUUAUCUGAACUGCUUCAGACUUUGAUUAAAAUGAUUAACAGUGACAUAAAAUUCAUUCUUUACCAAGUGUGCUUUAAUAAAAAUCUACUCUGCUUCUGCUGUGAUAUGAUCUCAUGAUUUAUUGAUGUAAAUUAGCAUUUUCCUGUCUGGGCUCCCUGCCUCACACCUGCUUCAUUUCAUUUUAAUAAUGAAAACUCUCGUGGUCCAGAGAAGGUCAGCUUUGCUUUAUUUCGCCUUUCCUGCCCUCAGGCUGCUCUUUUAAGUCUUACAGAGCCUUGAUGACUCAUAAAACAUCUCAGAGUUUCUUUGUUUGUUUGUGUCUAAGGUGUUUUUGGGAUCAUAUGGUACAUCAUGUGGCUCCUCCUGGCCUAUGGGAGUCCUGCAGUACAUCCCACCAUCACUGACGAGGAGAGGAUAUACAUAGAGACCACUAUUGGUGAAACAAUGCGCCAGCUGAGUGUGACUGAGGUAUGUGAGCGUUACUCCCAACCAGUUUAAAGGUCCUACAGUUGCCUACGACACACAGACACACUGUAAACAGCAGUUUCUGUCUCAUAACUGCAGAAAUUCAAGACUCCAUGGCGUCGUUUCUUUACCUCCAUGCCCGUCUAUGCCAUCAUCGUGGCCAACUUCUGCCGCAGCUGGACCUUCUACCUGCUCCUCAUCAGCCAGCCAGCAUAUUUUGAGGAAGUCUUUGGCUUCCCUAUCAGCAAGGUAGUUCCUGAAGCUACACAGUGGCAAUCACAAUGGAUGAUAUUCAUGAACAGUCUUAGUCACGAAGCCAUCUGAAUGACCAAUCUGAUGGUUUCCUGUGUGUGUGUGUGUGUGUGUGUGUGUGUGUGUGUGUGUGUGUGUGUGUGUGUGUGUGUGUGUGUGUGUGUGUGUGUGUCACCUCCCAACAGGUGGGGAUCCUGUCCGCUGUGCCCCAUAUGGUGAUGACAAUAGUGGUCCCUAUUGGGGGACAGUUAGCUGACUUCUUGCGCAGUAACAAAAUCAUGUCUACAACAAAUGUGAGGAAACUUAUGAACUGUGGAGGUAGGUCACGUAAAAGGGAAACAGGUUGGUUGUCUUUUAAAGGUCCAGUACGCGGUUUUAUUGCUUGUAUAGUAAAUACAUACUUUUGUUAUCCUUUAGUCUAGCAAUGCUAAAAACAUGCAUGCUAGCUGCUUUGGUUUAAGUUACAAACACCAUCAUGAAUAUCUUAAAAUAGAAACAGUGACUGGUUUUGAUUUUUAACAAAAAUGUGCUUUUACGGGUUCUUCUGGAGAACUCGCCAUCUUUGUGUUACCCACUUCCUCUGCACUUCCACUAGCUGGCACUACCUCUCUGUGCUCCCCCAAGACUCUGCCUUGUGUUUUGAUGUUAUAGUUUUAGUAUCUAUGGGGGAUGGUAUGAGAAGAGGAGGAGAGGAUUGCAGUAUAGACCUGGACAAGAUUUAUUUACUAGCGGGUUCUUGCAUAUCACACUUCUUCAACUUAAAGCUCCUGUGAGGAACAGUCAGUCUGUGUCCAUUUUGGCGGCCCCUGUGGCGAGCAGUCUUUGCUCAUCUUGUUCUAUGACAGAUGUUUCUUAUCUUGCUGACUUUUGACAGUCAAGUUUAUCAUUUCCGGUAAAGUUUUUAUGCGGGAAAUGUAAUAACAGGCUGUUUCAGUGCUCUGCUGACACCUACCCCCCUCACACAGGUUUCAGGCAUUAAAAAUGAUAGGAAGAUAACAGUCAGUCUUGUCACUGAUGGUCUAGUUUGACUUUAUAUGUCAUGAGAUAAAAGCAAAAGCAUGAUAAUUAUUUUUUUUCCAUUGUUUUGAUUGUUCUUAUACCAAAUGGAUGCAGGACUGCUCCUGUUAUUUUCACAGGGUUUGGGAUGGAGGCCACCUUGCUGCUCGUGGUUGGGUUUUCUCACACCCGCGGUGUCGCCAUUUCCUUCCUCGUCCUGGCUGUUGGAUUCAGCGGCUUUGCCAUCUCGGGUAAAAGGACACAUUUAAAGAUAUUUGUGUUUCCCCCUGCAGUUACUGACUCAAGUUUGACCCACUGGCUGUGUAUGGAUCAAAAAAUGUGCCUUCAUUUCUGCCCAUUGUGAGACUACCUUGAUGGGUGCUGACAUAUUGCAGUGGUGGAGUCAGAGCAUGCGCAGAAGCAACCUGACCAAACUCAUCAAAAGUAUGAACACUUGGACAUGUCAGCAUGUUAAAACUAAAUGAAAUGGCAGAAACCAAGUUUGAAAAGAUUAUCUUACAUUUUAUUGGAUUUUAAAGUGUCACCCAUGUUCCAUCUGUUAACAUGUACAAGCAGGUUUUGGCUCUAUAUUGCAGCCAGUCAACAGGGGGAGCUUUGAAUCUUUGGGCUUCACAGUCCACUUAUUACAUCUGUUUGAACAUACUGUCUUUGUCUUGACUGUACAUGAAACCUUAAACAGCUCAAACAGACCUUUCUCUUUUUCUCUUUCCCUUUGUUCUCUGUGUUUUGUGGUAUAAAAAGUUGUUAAAUCUGAAAAGCUGCACUGUUUCUCCUUCGGGUGAGAUAAAGUGUUGCCAGGCUUGCACACAGACAACCCUCCUGAAUAUUUCAUAGACUGUUGUCAAGGAAACAAUGAAAAGAAAACAGCCAAAACUUGUUUGUGUGAUAUAAUUCAUGUUCACAUUAAUGAAAUAUUCAAAUAUGACAAGAAUUAUCGUUUUAUGUUUCUCAUGCUGUGGUUUGGUUCUCUCUUUCCCUUCAGGUUUUAAUGUCAAUCAUCUGGAUAUCGCUCCUCGUUAUGCCAGCAUCCUGAUGGGUAUCUCAAAUGGGGUGGGAACGCUAUCUGGGAUGGUGUGUCCUCUGAUCGUUGGAGCCCUGACGAAACACAAGGUAAAGCUAGAAGACUGUAACACGACGGAAACUGUAAAAGUUGAUAAGUUAUUCAAACACUUUUGCAUUUUAAAGAUUUGGCACCUGACUAUCAAUUCUGAGGUCCUUCAAUCAUCUGAUAUCCCACUGACUUUUUCUUCUUUUUAGUGUUAAUCAUUGGUGCACUGAACAUUAUAGGAUACUCAGAAACACUGCCUCAUGCUGAUCUCUGUUAAUAAUGGAUAGCCCUUUAAAAUCUAUAAUGCACUUUAAAAUCAUAGCCUUUUGUUGCCAUGAAUGAGGCAGUGAAUUUACUGCAAUACGUCACAAGUGAGUUAGAUUUAAGCAGGAAAUUCACUGGCUUUAUUCAUCCCCCUCAGACUCGCCUGGAGUGGCAGAACGUCUUUGUUAUUGCGUCUAUGGUGCAUUACACCGGGGUCAUCUUUUACGCUAUCUUUGCUUCUGGAGAGCAGCAGGAGUGGGCCAACCCUGAGACCACCAGUGAGGAUAAAUGUGGUAUUAUUGAUGAGGACGAGCUGGCUGAGGAGUCAGAGCUGAACACUGAGAACGUGAUGGCUCCCAAAAAGAGCUAUGGGACUGCAGACAGUUCAGCUGGACGGAAACAGGGCUGGACAAAGAAGAGAGGGGUGACCAUGCAAGAGGAGGAGGAACAUUUUAGGAAUGGGGACUAUCAGGAGGGGUACCAGUGAGAUGCCUGUGGGCCAAAAGACUCUCCAAACACUCAAAUCAUGGGAAGGCUGAGGGUUCAUUUUCACAUGUGGGAAUGUGGAAAACAUUGGAGAAGAGAAGAGCAGCUGCAUCAUAUGUACCUCAUAAUGGCCUUUUUUGUUGUUGUUGUUUUUGGCUAAUUCUGCAGUUUAACUGUGAAGUACUGUCAUGUCCACCAGAAAGUGGGAACACAACAUGGAAAAAGUUGUAUUUUAAACCAUUUUUAUUAUAAUUGAAGUGACAUAGUAAAAAUAAAAAAAAGAUUAAUCUGAAAAGUUAGUACAAAUUUCAACUUCGCUGACACAAACUGUAGACCAGCAUUUCUUUCAUUGUAGAAACUGAACACACCAACAUUUAUGAACAAACUUUUGCAAGCAAAAUGUCCACUGGACUUUAUGUCGCUUUCUUUGCACCUUGUGAACAGUUUUUGAUAUGUUUAGUGUCAGCUAUGCAACAAGAAGAGACAUACACCUGGAAUGUACUAACAAAACUGACAGCAGACCACGGUGUUAAUGUAAUGUGCUGUAUAUCAUUUGAAAGCUUGUUGUAUGUAUUUGCUGUUCUAAAAAGAUUGCACUCUUUCACUUUUUGGCUUGCUCCACUUGUCUAAGUUGGUUUCUGCUCAGCAUUCUUUGGCAUCUCCUUCCAGUUUCGUAAUGGAAUGAAAUGGAUGGUGAGUUCAGAGCUGACAUCAUUCCGGCAAGCAUUUAGUGUAACUCUGCUCUUUUGUUGUUUUGUCUUUUUUUGCAAAUAUCUGAACGUUUGUGACAUGGAGACUGAAUUUGUUUCUGGAAAGACAUUAUGUACUGUAAUAUUUCACUUAAAUCAUAAAUGCCUAUGGGAAAAA